AUUAACUUUAGGCCCAGCAGGAAUCCCUGCAGCAUUCUGCUGCCCCCGGAACCGGGCGGGCUUUAGGACCGGGCAGCCGCGACGCUGCGCUCGGAGGAUCCACACAUGUUCCGCAUAGUUAGCCUUAGGACUAAAGCUGAAGAAUAAAACUGUGAUUUUACAAAGAAAUCAGAUUUAAACUCCAAAACCAGCCGCUCUGCAGCUCCCUGACUCCGCUGCACGGCUUCUGUAGCGCAGGUUCUUGAAGGAACCGGCCCCUGCCUGAUGAGCUGCCAUGAACCCGGACAGACAGAAGCGUAAGGAGGAGAUCCAGAGAGCACUGGCUUUCAUCCAGUCGUCUCUGCCUUUCCCUGACCCAGACGGCUAUGAGGGCUUCCUGAUGCAGCUGGUGUGUAAUCUGCUGGACGAGGGGAACGCAGCGUUUCGUGAGGGGGAGUGGAUGCUGGCCCGGGGCCACUUCAGCGAGGGCGUCAGUGUAGCGGGCUACGCUCGUGCUGAGGGAGUGCAGGUCCCCGUGGCGCUGCUGGAGAGCCUGUACGUGAACCGGGCUGCAGCGCUUCAUAACAUGGGUGAGUGGGAACUGGGUGUGAGGGACUGUGACGCUGCACUGGGUGUGAGUGCAGGCAGUGGCAGGGCGCUGUACAGGAAGGCGGUGUGUCUAAAGGAGCUCGGCCGGAUGAAAGACGCUUACGAGUGCAGCACCCUCUGUCUGCUCUCCUCACCACAGGAUAAGAAAGUGAGUGAACUGGCUCAGGAGCUGGCCGACAAACUGGAACUGAAAAAUCGCAAUGCGUACGUCGGUCUGCAGGCCGGGCUGGGCGACUGCGGGGACAGUCUGGAGCCGAUCUCUAAUGGGCUGGACUCACUGUGUGACAUUGCAGUGGGCAUGCCCGAGUCUGCAUCUCCUGUCCUGCCGGCUCCGGUUCCUGUUAGCGAUGCCUGUGAGAGCCCUCUGUCGGUAUCCAUCUCUGAGAGGCUGGAAGACUGUGAGCUGAUGGGAGAUGAACUGGACUCUCUGCUGGACUCCUGCGUCUCCAGGCAGGAGGAGCUUCCACAUACUCCCAGUAAAGGCAGUGUUGUUCCUACUCAUGUUCCAAUAGUAGAUGUGAUGGGUUUGGGUGCCCUCCCUGUUCCCUCCCCCCACCUCCCUCCUGCAUUUUUCCCGUCUGCGGUCAAUCAGCUGAACUCUCUUGACUCCUUCCCCGAACCGAGGCGUGACUCCGCCCCUCCAGUCCGACUCCUGGAUGCACUGGAUUCCUUUUCCCCAGUGGCGAUCUCCUCUCAACUUCCUGCGGCUCAGGGACCCCCUCUAGUGGUGGGAGGAGAGGGGCUGGACUCGCUGUCCGAGUUCAGUCUGCCUGGUGGUAAGAUCUCCCACAGUUUUCUUCCUCCAGUGAAGAUCAGAAGCUCAUCAGAUGGCAUCAGCUGUACUAAUGGUCAGGUGGCAUCCACUCUCUCCCAGCUUUCCAAAAAUCCUCUCGAUCGCACACAUGACUUCGACCAAGCCUGUUCAGCCUGUUUUCUAUGCACAGGUCCUGGAGUGCUGGAUCGGGAGUUUAAGCCUGAUUUGGCUCAUAGCUGUAAGAAAGACAUUCUGCUGUGCAGGAGAAAAGGAGAAAACCCCUGGAGACGGGUCCGGCCCCGCCCCACUCGAAACAACUUUCUAGGAGCCUACGUGCUGUGCAAGGAGGUUCUAGAGCGUCAGGAGUGUAAAUAUGGAGAGGCCUGCACAUUCGCUUACUGUCAGGAGGAGAUUGAUGUGUGGACACAGGAGAGGCGGGGUUUAUUGACCAGGGAGCUGCUCUUCAACCCGCUCUCCACCAAUCAGAGACAAGCACUAAGUGUCCUCAAACUUCUGAAUAUACACAAUGGCAUGUUCAUGUUCCUCUGUGAGGAGUGUUUUGACAGUAAGCCCAGGAUCAUCAGUAAGCGCUUUAAGGAGAGUCCGUCCUUAUGCUCCAACGUAGUUUUUCACCAUCAGUUCGACAAAAACAAGUGUUUGGUUCAUGUGGUGAAGAGCAGCAGUAUCUGCUACAGUAAGGUCAGGCCGCUGAGUCCACUCUGUCAGUUUGAUGUUUGUAGGCAUGAACUGCGUUACGGCUGCCAGCGUGAGAACAGCUGCUCCUUCGCUCACUCCUUCAUAGAGCUGGAGUGCUGGAUACUGCAGAAGGAUCAUGGCACCACUCAUGAAGAGAUUGUGCAAGAAUCUAAGAAGCAUUGGCACAAGCAGAGACCUGGGAAUGCGGUUCAGUCUCAGACCAAUGGCACUGUGGCUAAAGGCGAGAUGGUGGGUAAAGGGGCGGAGAUGAACGGUAAAGCAGGACCCGUUCAGAUGAGCGGCGGCGCCUCGGCGGGAGACGUGGCGACGGUGAAGGACCUGCGACUGGUGAUGAAGUUUGUAUGCAGUCAGUGCUGGAAGGACGGGCAGAUGAGUGAACCGGACAGACUGCAGAAAUACUGCAAUGCCAAAGCCCGACACAGCUGGACUAAGGAGCGACGGGUUCUGUUAGUGAAGUCACUGGACAGAGAGAAGUGGGUGACUGUGCGACCCUUGCCUUUUGCAAAGACGUAUCCUCAGCAGUACGAUAUUUGUGUUCACGUGCUGAAGCAGAAGAAGUGCCACUACAUUGGGAACUGUUCAUUUGCACAUAGCCCUGAGGAGAGAGAGCUGUGGACCUACAUGAAGAACACUGGCCUGCGGGAGUUGCAGCAGGUCUAUGACGUUUGGUUGAUGACGGACAAUCAGAACAAGCGCCCCAAUGACACACCCCUGUCCCCUCAGUCACCGCCAGCAGCAGAGGAGAAGCAGAUAUGCAUGCCGACCGACUUCGCUGAACUUAUGGAUGGGUUCCACUGCCGGCUCUGUGGUAAACACAGUAACAGUGAGCGUCAGUGGCAGCAGCACAUUUCGUCUGAGCGCCACAAAGACCGUGUGCUGAGUGGAGCCGGGGAGGAGGAGAGCCUGACCUGGACACACCGAUUCCCCGGCACCUGCUUCGCCCUGUGCCCGAGGCUGCAGAGCGGCUGUGGUGAAGGCCUGAGCUGUGACUUCGCCCACAGUGAGGAGGAGCUUCAGGAGUGGCGGGAGAGGCGUGACUUCCUGCGGAGAAGGCUGGACAAAGCUCGCGCAGACAUGCUGAUCGCCCCCUCUGACCAAGACUUCGGGAAGUACAACUUCCUCCUGCAGGAUUGAUCAAAUGCGCACACACUCACAAACACACACAUGCGCGCACACACAUUUGUAUUUUGCUUUGAAUUGCCAUGCAUGUCUUAUCACACACACACACACACUGAUUCACUAAUUGUCACAAUUUCUGUUCUUUAUUUUUGUUUCUGUUUUUCUUUAUAUCUCUGUACUUAUUUUUUUGCACAUUCCUUUCAGCUUAGCCUAUAGCCAGUUUCUAUAGCAGUGCCCCGUGAGAAUUAACCUCCUGCAUCAUUCUGACAGCUGCUUGUUCUUGAUAGCCUCAUUGUGCUUGCAGGAGGACUCAGCCACCUGUGAAAAAAAAACAAAAAAAACAGUGCAAUUAUCAAAGGCUUCCAGUUGUCCCAAUCCCAGGGAUGGCACCCGAUACUGCCAUAUAAACAAAUGCAAACUAAACGCCACCUUUAGCGAGGGAUACAAUCAGUUUAAAUAAUAGCUAUUUCUUGCAUGUAUAACCUCCAAAUAAAAUAAAUGCGCAAAUGUUCAGUACUUUCAAUGUCUUAACAUCGUUCAGUUCAAGUAUUGAUACAGUAUUGGUACAGUGCGGUAUUGAUAAACACUGUGCAUUAAGUUACAUAAAAAAAAUAAAAAUAAAAAUUUAACAGCUUGAAAAGCGAAGUUAAACUUGAAGUAUGCUGGCUCUGUACAGCUUAUUGACUUCUCUUUUCCUUGCAAGAAGCUCCUUUGUUAAGUAAUGAUUAGGAGAUGCUUAUGACCUGAACUUAUUAGCUUAUGAAUAAUAUACUCUCAAUGAAAUUCUGUCCUUUUUUUUUUUUUUUUUUUAAACCUUAGUUAUUGUUUAUUAUGGUGCUCUCACUGCGAGGGACAGCACUGAAGGGGACAGCUCUGCAAGGGGUGGUACUGAGAGGCGUGACACAGUAAGGGAUGGCACAGUGAGGCGUGGUACUGAGAGGAGUGGCACAGUGAGUGGUGGUUCUGCAAGGGGGUGCACUACAAGGGGCAGCUCUGCGAGGGGCGGUAUGACUAACUAAUGUGUGACUGCUUUAAUAUAAAACCCUCAGGGGCUUAACCACAGACAUAUUUUACUGCCUUAAAGAGACCUGGAUGAGCUUCAGAUCUGCUUUCUUCUCUAAGCAAUCUGUCCAUGUCAGAGAAGUGGAUUUGGAGAAAAGCCCAUCCAUUGCUGAUCGAGAACCAAUGAAGGAAGGCGUUUUAUGUGUGGUGAGACAGCAGGCUGUCGUCCUUAAAUUAGAUUGUUUUGUUAAGAGAUUUAAAUCUGAUGAGAUUAAGACUUCAGGCUGUGGGGAUUCCAGUCCAGUUCAUAAAUAAAAUUAUUAGUAGACUGUUGGCCUUUUGGUCUUGGGUCUAAAUCACACAUGUAAGAUACAGUCACAGUGUCCGAUGUUUUCUCACAACAGGUUCUAGUACUGUUUUAUGUGGUUCAGGCACGGAGCCUGUGAAGCAUGUGCCAGAGACACAGCUUUAUUUACACAUGGGCUGAUUCUGAUAUUAUCCUGACAGGAAGAAAAGUCUGGUUACAGUCCAGUACAACUUAGAUGGACAUUUGAGUUCACACAGACUUAAUUAGGGCUGUAUGAUGAAUUGUUGUUGUGACAUGCAACAUAUUAUCAUGCCGAUCGCAUCAAUAGACUUGAAAUAACAUUUGGAUAGUAACAGAUAACUCAAAUUUAAUUUCCUGGUUACAGCAACAUAGGGAGCUCUGUUGUGGAAGUAAUUUCUGUAAUUCUGUAAUUGAGCCGCCUGUCUGUGCACAAGGACAAUUCUAGACAGAUGCCACCAAUCACAAUCAUUACCACCCACUGCACUGUCCACUGUGGGUGGUAAUAUUUCUAGGAACCUCACUCCAACUCCCAUAAUUUACCUGUAUCUACUAUUAAACCUUACUCCAACUGCAUACCAGGAACACCCCACAAGACCUGCCUGAUGUUUUGGAGAUCUCGUAACCCAACUGAUCGUGUGUUGUCUCCUUUUAAUAUUUAUCUUACUGCAGUCUAGUUAAUUAUAACUGAUUAAGUACAUAAGCACAGUGAAUAUAAGCGGAGUGUUUCUAAGCUUCCGAACAAUAGUGUAGGUUUAGAAUAAGGUAAAAAAAAAAAUUUUUUUUUCCUGUGAAUGUUCGACUCUUCAUUGUUCUCAGCUUGAGAUUUGUUAAACCAGUUAGGACUAAAUGCAGAAGCAUCUUGAAUCUUGAAGUGCCCGAGUUGUAUAGUAAAACAAGUUUCUUUGUAUUUUGUUCUGCUACAUUCACACAGCUGGUAAAAGUGCCCCAAAUCUGGUGUUUAAAAAGAUUGUGUGAACAGUCUGAAAUAAUGUGACCCAUAUCAGACACCGGACUGUGUAACUGCAGCACUUCACUUAAAGUUUCAGUAUCAUCAUUGUCAGAAUCACUGGAGUAAUGAGUGAGUUUAGGCUGCAGCUGAGUUUAUCUCAGAAAGUUAAUGAUCAGGUGUUCUGUGGGAAAACUCUGUGUGUGAAACCUGAUUGAAGGUGUUCAGUUGAGUAGUACAUUAAGAAACUCAAUACAGUACACUACAGUGGUCAGUCAGUCUGAGAGUCAGAAGCUAUGCACUGAAUACAGGUUAACAGGUUUACAGGGUGUAUUCUACACUGAAUAGAAGUGAUUACCAAAAACUCAAUACAACUCUACAUGCCACAGUGUGCCUUCAGUGGUGAUCAGAGUGCCUUUAAAAUCAGUGAAUCAGUAUUAUCCUCUUCCUUUACUCCUUUCUGUGCCAAAGUUAAAAAAACUUGAGGACUUUAGUUCCCAUAAUUAGAAAUAAUCAUCUCCCACUGCAUACUGACGUCCCAGCUGUUAAGUCAGUAUUAAUCCAAGUACUGAUGUGUUUCAGUUCUUUAUAAAUAUUUUAUAACACUGUUUCUAAUCUCAAAUGUUUUUGAUUUUGUAUCUUACUUUGUAUUUUUGUACUAGAUCUGAUUUAUGUGGAUCAAAUACUGUUAUUGCAAUUACAUUCCUGUGUAAAAGUCCUUGUGUGUUGCCAUAUAUUAAAGCGCAUUAGGGAGUCAGUAAGGUGACGUAUUUUAGCAAUCCUCCUUAAAUCUCCUUGAAUAUUUGAGUAAAUCAGUGUCUUUCUUUAUAUUUGCUUAUUUGUGAUCCUUUAUUCAUCAGAACAUAUACAGAUACAUUACUAGAGCUGUGAUUAGUCCGAAUCUUUGGAGGAAAAAACAAUGUGAAAUAUCCGUUUGGGAAAGAUCAGAUAUACUGUUUAUUGCACAGAGCUGUUAUUUUGUGCUUCCAUUUUUUGUGAUCUAGUGUUCCCUAAAUAAUUGAUUUUAAAUUAAGUUAAAUUAGUUAAUUACAGUUUUGUUUAUUAAUUUACUGCGCUAAAGACAAGAAUAAUUUAGUUGUAUGCGGUUUUUCAGUUAAAACUGGGUGGAGAGUUUAAUCCACGUAUACAGGGAGGUGCAGUCACUGCAGGGGGUAAAGAGUGUUUGUAGUGUUUGUAAGGUGAGGGAUAUUAGUAAUAUUGCUGUGUUUCAGGUGCUGCAGGGCAACUUGUGGAGAUACCAGUUCUUUGCGCUGUAGCUUUGUGAGUGGGUUUUGCUGAUGUUCUCUGUGUGUGUCUGUAGAGCCCAACAGAACCAGAACAGACAGACUGGUGGUCCGGUUACAGUCUAAUUCAGUCCACACCGUGUCUGACCCAAAUACUCGUCUCCUCUUGGGACCAGAACCCGCUCAGGGACUCGGACUGGCCUGAUAAUGAUAUGCAAGAUAAGCAUCUAAAGUUAAAUCUAUAAUUAAUCUCUACAGGAUCUGGGCCAGGUUCACAACAUCUUUCCUAAGAGAGAACUUACGAAGAAUCUUUAUAUAAAAACUCUAUAUAAAAAAAGUUCACAAGACAAUAAGAUACGAGAGCAAAUAAUUUUUAUGCUGAAUAUUAUACUUUUUUCCUGAACACAGAACAUCAUUGAAUGUUUCAGUACCGAAGACUUUAUUUUUAAAAUCUUUUAAACUCUAGUUAUAAACCUUUUAAACAGGCUCCAGCAUCAGAUCACUAACCAAUUAACUCACAGUAGCAGUAAUGUAGCGUCUUGGCUGCCUAAAACCUGUUUACUAUAGAAAAAUGGAGAUAUACAGGUAUAAUUAGUACAGGUAAUAUGCAGGUAUAUAUUACCUGGAAUAUCCUGGGCGAAUAUGUAGUUACUGUAUUAAAUUUGAGGUUUUAGCCAUUUAGCUUUAUUCACCACCAUUUGUUGGAGCAUGUUAGCUCAUUAAUCUUAAAUGUGAUUCUUAGAAAAAACAUUUGCAAAUCUUGUUGGAGGAAUCUCAAGGGAAUGGUUAAUAAUUUAGUUAAAAACUCUUUUUUUUGAGUGUGUGUGGAUCAUUUAAAAUGCAUACUGCAAUUUACAAAACCAUCCUGAGACACAUUAAAGCUAAGCUAAAUAAAGUUUAUUCUUAACAAAAUAAACUUGUAAUUCAACUACUUUCAGAGGCUGACUAUUUGGAUAUUUUGACAAGAACAGAGAAAUGUAAAUUUAUGUUAAUUACAUAUUUAUCUUACAAAAACAAAUCUACACAUGUAGUUGGUUUGAUCUGAAGAGUUUAUAAACUUUAGCAUUUUCCUGUUGGUUUGUUUUGUUUUCGUACAACGAAAAAUUUAAGCGCACCAAAAUCUGAGCGUCGCAACAUUCUUCUUUCUGUUUUUACUUUCUUGCUCCGCCCACGUUACUACCAGCCUUCAUUGUGACUGGGCUCAUCUAUUGUUAGCUAGCUGUGUCUGAAAAACAAACUCCUUAACUGAGGGAAAUUAACUGUAGGUGUGAAUUUCCUUCCUAAAACACUUAUGUGAACCUGGACCCAGAUCAGAUUUAUUUAAUUUCCUCUCUAAUAUCAAAUCCUUCAUUUACUGCUGUUGCUGAAUUAUCCCAUACCUAUCAUCUAUAAUCGCUCAUACUGUAUCUUUGCUCUGCUGUUCUGUUGCUAAUAUGCAGUUACUGUGAGGCGUUCACAGACUGAGGAUGUGUUCAAGACUUUAAUACUUGAGGGAGGACUUUAACUCAGUUGUUUGAAUAUACAUAUAUAGGUAUUGAUGAUAAUAAGAACUGAUAAACUCUGCAAAGGGAGGAUAGGUGUUUUGUAUUGUUUUUCCCCUUUUUUUUUCUUGAUUUUACCUUCAUUGUGAUUCUGUAUUAUGAAAAUUAUCACCACGAGCGAUGGACCAAAUAAUGCCAAUAAAUAUAUUUUUUAAAAGGA